UCCGGUGUAAACACUGGGGAAAAAGAGGUACCGCUAAGCAUGAGGAGUGCGGUAACGGGAGCAGUGUAGUCAAGAACCAUGCGUGUCAACACAGGGAGGUGUUUGCUGCCUUUGCUUUGGUUCAUCCAAAUAAUUUCUGCUGUGCAAGACUUCCCAGCCUUAGACCACAUCAGAACAAGGACCUCUGCUUCUACCCAGACACAUGCAUCACAGGCCCUGAUUGGUCGAAUUGUUGGCAAAAGAGCCAAUGAGUUUACAGCACAUGUUCAACCAGAUCUUGGUCCUAAAGAUAGAGACACAUUUAAGAUUUGGUCAUCUGGUUCUUAUGUCAAUAUUACCGGGACAACUGGAGUGGCAGUUGCCAUGGGACUGUAUUACUACUUGACCAAUCACUGUGGGUGUCAGUACACAUGGGCAGGGCAACAGAUGAACAUCCCAUCUCCCCUACCCAAGGUUCCUGCCCCAGGGAUUAAAGUGACUACCAAUGACAGGUUCCGGUACUACCAGAAUGUGUGUACAGUAGACUACUCGUUUGUGUGGUAUAACUGGACCGACUGGCAACAACAGUUGGACUGGAUGGCUCUACACGGAAUCAACAUGCCACUGGCCUUCACUGGACAGGAGGCCAUAUUUCAACAGGUGUACAUGGAAAUGGGACUCACUAUGAAAGAAGUCCAGGAUCACUUUGCAGGUCCAGCUUUUCUUGCCUGGUCAAGAAUGGGUAACAUGCAUGGUUGGGGUGGACCACUACCUCAGUCCUGGAUUAAUCAGCAGUUGGUCCUACAGCACAAGAUCCUUGACCGGGCCAGGGAGCUUGGAAUGAUUCCUGUCCUGCCAGGUUUUGCUGGACAUGUCCCUAGUGCCAUCACAAGAAUUUUUCCAAAUGCAAAUGUGUCCCAUUUACCUGACUGGGGUCACUUCAAUUCCUCGUUCUGCUGUAACUUACUGUUGGACUUUAGCGAUCCUCUGUUCAAGAGGAUAGGACAUGAAGUGGUGAAGGAGAUGCUAAAUGAGUUUGGUACAGACCAUGUAUACAACAUUGACACUUUCAAUGAGAUGCUUCCAAAGUCAAGCUCACCAACCUACCUUGCUCAGUCAGCAAAGACUGUUUUUGAAGCCUUGACAUCUGCAGACCAACAGGCUGUGUGGUUGAUGCAGGGAUGGAUAUUUGAGAACUCUGUGGAUUUCUGGAAAUCUCCACAAAUAAAGGCAGUGGUAACAGCUGUUCCUAAAGGGAGGAUGAUAAUCUUAGAGCUAUUUGCAGAGAAUCGUCCGGUGUACCGACAUACAGAAUCCUACUUUGGACAGCCGUUCAUAUGGAGCAUGCUGCACAACUUUGGAGGGACGCUGGAACUGUACGGCAGCUUUGACAGCAUCAACACUGGUCCAGCUGCUGGUCGGAAUUUCCCAAAUAGCACCAUGAUAGGGAUCGGAAUGGCUCCUGAAGGGAUCAAUCAAAAUGAAGUUAUUUAUGAAUUCAUGGCUGAAAAUGCCUGGGUCCCUCAGCCUAGAGGUGUUUCUCAGUGGGUGGUGGAGUAUGCCAGACGAAGAUAUGGGAAAUCUAACAAGUACAGCUCAAACGCUUGGCAGCUACUACGGAAAAGUGUAUACAAUAAUACAGAUGGACUUAAGGAUAAAAGUAAACAUGUAAUACCGACGUCUCGCCCCUCCUACCAUCCACGACUGGCUCCCGACGUUUGGUACGACCCCGAGGAUCUGUAUGAAGCUUGGGAUAAUUUAGUGUUAGCCGCUGACCAGCUCUGCAACAACUCACUAUCCAUGUAUGAUCUGGUGGAUGUCACGAGGAACAGUCUUCAGGAGAUUUCUCUGUCCUUCUAUAACUCACUCAUAUCAGCCUUCACCCACAAAGAUUUUGAUCAAGUCAGUUUAAUAGGAGAUAAACUGCUGGGCCUCUUGGCUGACAUGGAUAUAUACUCCUGGGGUCAAAAGGUCACUUCCUGUUAGGGAAAUGGAUAAAGGCGGCAACAAAUCUAGCUUUAAGACCUGAGGAAAGGAGGCUGUAUGAAUUCAAUGCCAGGAACCAGAUCACCCUUUGGGGACCUACAGGCAAUCAUUUAGACUACGCAAGCAAACAGUGGGCUGGACUUAUACAUAGGAUCCACUAGUCUGGUUACUAAGGAGUGUAAUAAAUAAAAAGAAGAAAAGGCAAAAACAAGAUCAACUGGAAUAUAAACAGCAACUACUACAGACCGAGGUGGAAAGUUUUUGUGGAGGACCUCACCUGAAGUACAGUUUACAAUCAGCGACAACAUUUAACCAAAGUUACUUUAAUAUUAAAGUUUUCAACACAAAAGACCUUCCCAACAGUUCCAUCCGGAAACACCAUUUUGAUAGUAAAACAGAUUCACAAAAGAUAUCGCCAAGAAAACUUCUACGAUUUUCUACGUGAGGAAGGAUGAUAAGGAAACAAAUGUCUCGAUGAUACAACGGUUCAGAAACCUGGCACCACAAGCGGAUCCCAAGCCCCACCAGUACCUGCCGUACUCCGAAGUCAUCUGGAGUUAAACUCUACAGUUAAGAACUUUUUGUCAGGGGCCAUAGCAUCAAGUACACGUACAGCCUAUCAUACUGGGUAUGAGCACUUCGAGAAGUUCAUGGCACUUCAUAACAUCCUAUGCGACCCUACAACAGGCCUCCCACCCAUCUCAGAGGAUAUUCUUAUCUACUUCGUGACACACUGCUUUAAAUUCUUAAACCUUCAACAUUCCACUAUUAAACUAUACCUCAACGGUAUCCGCUUUAAGUACCUUCAGCAGAAUGUUCCGUCUCCUUCGGCCAGCCUAGAAUCUAAACCCAUUCCUCGCUUGGCCCUUAUCCUCAAGUCCAUCAAACGAUCAAGGAUCAAACACUACAACUCGCCUACCUGUUACAGGAGAUAUUCUCCACAAGAUGUGUGCUUUUUUGAGGCGUGGUGUGUUCUCUCCAUUCACUGAUGUCAUGUUAGAAUGUGCGUGUACUUUAGCCUACUUUGGCUUCCUGCGUUGUCGAGAAUUUACUGUUAAAACUAGUGCUGCGUUUGACCCAUCCAGACACCUGUGCGUAGGAUAUAUCACAACUUACGACAACAUGUGUACGUUAACCCUGAAAGAAUCUAAAACCAACCCUUUCCGCAAAGGCAUUACAAUUCAACUCCACAGAAUGCCGCAAGACUUGUGCCCGGUGAAGAUCUUGAAGGAAUAUCUUGCACUAUGACAGUGGAAAUCCCGAUCUGUUCUACCAUCACAACCGCUGUUCAUCACAGACAGUAAUACUGCUUUGAACAGAGCACAGUUUAUUCUGUAUUGUAGACAAGUGCUAGACAGUUGUGGAUAAGACCCGCACAAGUACAAUGGACAUUCUUUUCGGAUAGGUGCAUGCUGCCACUAGUGCAGGUGCAGCAGGUGUGGAAGACCACCUUAUAAAGACAUUAGGGAGGUGGAGCUCCGACUGUUACUGUCGAUAUGUCAGAACUCAAAGUUUUAGUAUCGCGAAAGCACAGAGACAGCUACUGAUCCAUGAUCCAGCAUCCUAGUGAUCGUUACGGUAAUCACUACUUGCUAGAUAAGUUAAUUUUAGUGGUACUUACCACAGGCCUCCUUCAAGACAUUCUCUUAACAGUGUCUAAAUGUACGCUAUAUAUAAGACACUUAAGUACAUGACGUGUGUGCUGAAUCGAGAAUAUGUUAUAUACUGUAUGUACGUGAUAGGCGAGAUCCUGUUUAAGAGUAUCAUGAAUGUAUCUAGUUAUAUGUAUAUCUAUACUACAAUGUAUGCUUAAAUAUUGUAACUAAUACACUGGUGUUCAGGCUUACUGCUAUGUAGGUACACUGCUGUACGAAGUAUUGAACUAGCUAUAGUAUAUAUACUAUAUGUGUCACUCGAUACAUUUUUCUACAUCUACUGACUUUUGUGUUAUACCUGACAUAUAUUACAAUCCUGUGGUCACUAUCGCCACCUCUUAACCAAACAACCUAUAUACAAUUACACAUCUACUAAUUGUAUAUAUCCAUCUUUUAUUAUGUACCUUGGGGAUCAAAUUCAGCUGCUUCACUCUAUGAACUUUUCGCACCAAAAUUUUCUUUGGGACUCACACUUCAAAUUUUUUAACCCCUUUUAUUAAAAGGGAAAAAAUCCUUGGGUUUGCCAAGGUCAUGAUAUUCAUUCUAAAACAUGUAAUAGAAUUCAAGUUUUAAAUUAGUGUAUCAGUACAUUAUACUCUACUAUCAAUCAACCUCUAUGGUAACCACACUGGUUACAGAUGGCACCACUCAACCUUGUUAGAUAUAGAACAUCCCUGUUCUCCUACACUAGAACAUCCCUGUUCUAGGCAGUGGUGCCAUCCCCUUAUUUCGUAGAACAUCCCUGUUCUAGUCGGUUGAUGGUGGAAGGUCUGUUUCAUAGUAAUUUUAUAAGUCUUUUUACUAUCAUGGACAGACCUACUCUACUCUAAAAGUCCAUAUAGAAGCAGCUGAGAAAUAAUUCCCUAGGGCCAAAAUUAUUUUGUAACAUUUGUGUUAUUAUGUCAUGAUUAUUUUGUUACACCUGUUGAAUGUACAAUAGUUAGUUGGUAUUCUUGAUCUAUGUUUUUGAUAUUCGUUUUAAGAAUCAUGUUGGUUCUUAUAUACCAUACUUCAUAGAGGAUACAUUUAAUGUUUUAAGUUCUUCUUGUUUAUCUGAUCCCUAUAAUAAAUGUUCAUAACUUUAUAUCCUUCAUAUCUGAGUUGUAUUAUCCUUUCUGUAGUAACUUGGUCUAACUUGGAGCUGCAUUUUUAGCUACAAACUUGUACACAAGAUAUAAAUGCCUGUUUAAUACCAAUUCAGUAGUUCGAUGGAUAGAAUACGUAUUAUCGAUAUACUUUACAAACAAAAUAACCUAGUGCCAGGGAUUAUAUUUGAUAC